AUGCCUGAAAUAACCAAUCGGGCCUCAGGCAUUGCAAAGGUCCAACUUCUAUCACUCAUUUCGAGAUCCAAUCCAAUCAACGCAAUACUGCUCCCUCAGCUGUACCAAAAACUCGAAAAUCUCCCCUCUCCGAAGAAAUUCAAAGCCGUCAAAAUGCGUCCUACUCUCGGUCUCCGCGCUUUCCGCCCGACCAUGCGGAUGAUGUCCCCCGUUCCUGCCGAGGACCAAGUUGGCCACACCGUCUCCCAGAGACUGCGCAAGCUCCGCCAGAUCCCUCCCGAGUUGAUCCCCCUCGGUGUCGUUGUUGGCUUCGCUCUUACGGCUGCUACCUACUCCAUCGCGCGCCACUUCAUGACCGACGGCACCAUCCGUCUCAAGCGCCAGGGCAAGCUGGCCGCCGACGCCGCCGAGGCCGCUGAGAACCACCACUAA